AGACUGACGUGAUGACGUCACGGGAGGCCGGGGCUGCUUCCUGUUAUCACUGGCCGGGAGGCCGUGGUUUCCGGUCAGAAGCGAAAGGGUAGAGGUUGGAGGAAUUUUUCGUGCUCUUCAGCUCCCCCUGAGGGACCUUCAUCUUGGGCUUGGAGGACUUUGCCUUUGGACUUCGCCUUGUGAUUUCUCUUUUUGGACUUCUCCUUGAUCCUGCGCCGGUGAACUGGCUAUCAUGUGAUGAUCGAAGUGAAUUGCUGGAGGAGUGGAGAUGCUUUCAACAGUGGAAAACGGGCUAGACCCCAAGGCACCUAUCUUGGUGAUUAAGAAGAAGCUGGUGGGGUCUGUGAAGGCAUUACAGAAGCAAUAUGCAGCCUCUGAUGCUGUUGUCACCAGUGAAGAUGGAGAUGCUAACAUUAUGUGCAGUGCCUUGGAGGCUGGGUUUAUCCAUGGCCUGCAAGCUAAGUACAUCAAAGCCGAUGCCGGAGGAAAGAGAAAAAAAAAAGGUGGCCAGACACCUCUGCCUCAGCCAGCUUUCUGGCCUCUCCUGAAAGUCAUUACUCACAGAAACACAAUUACCGAUUUAGAGCACUUGACCUUCAUCAAUACAGAUGUGGGCCGAUGCCGGGCCUGGCUACGGCUGGCCCUAAAUGAUGGGCUUUUGGAAUGCUACCUGAAAUUGCUUCUGCAGGAGAAGUCCCAGCUCUGUAAGUACUAUCAGCCAACGGCCUUGCUGCUAGAUCCUGAAGAAAGUGAGAUCUUCCUUAGCUUAUUACAAGGAUUGACUUCCUUGUCCUUUGAACUGUCUUAUAAGUCUGCCAUGUUAAAUGAGUGGACCAUCACACCACUGGCACUGUGUGGCCUCUGCCCACUAUCAGAAUUGGAUUCUUCAACUGGAGGUGCAGAAUUAUACCGCAAGAAGUCCCUAGAUUCCAUUUCACAGUCUUCAGGCUCUGAGGACAUCGAGGUCCAGCACUCAAGCAAUAAGAUCAGAUGUGGCAUGAAGCUUACUUCAUCCUCUCUCAGCCUCAACACAGCCAGCUCCUCUCAGUUGUCCUGCAGCCUGAACUCAGACAGUUGUCUCCUCCAAGAGAAUGGUACCAGGAGCCCUGCUCGCUCUGAGGAACCUAUGUCCUAUGACUCGGACCUAGGGACUGCAAAUACUUUUGAUUCUGACAGGUCUUUGCAAGACACUACAGCACACCUGCAUUUGGAAGGAUCUGCAGAACUUCAUACUGACCCAAGAUGCCCUUUGGAUAUCCACAAGCAUGUGCCAGUGUCCCUGGUUUCAAGUGCCCUGAGGUUGCCUCAGCCCUGUUUAACUGACACUGAUGAUGCUGGUAGGAGUUCAUACCCACAGCUUUAUAAUCCUAAAGAAGAGCCACAAGCACCGGGUGCAUCAAAUGGCCAGGAGAUGAGCCAGGAGCAUGACUCAGAGAUGGAUUAUUACCUUGCUUCAUCAGCUCCCUCUCCAGAAAGUAAGAGCUGGAUCUCAGAGGAUGAUUUCUAUCGGCCUUCCCCUGAGAGGGUUCCAGAUAGUGCUUCAGAUAUCUCUGGGGAAGGGACCCCAGAGACAAAACCUGAUGUCCAUAAUCCUGCUUCUGAAGGGCCAGGGAAGAACCACUUCAUGGGGCCCUCGGAUCAAGCUUGUGUGCCUUUGGAAACCAGACCAUCCAAGCCAAUCCCUGAUCCGGAGUAUAAACACUUCUGGGUGGUCCAUCGGAGACAAAUUGGGCUCUCCAACCCAUUCAGGGGCCUCAUAAAGCUGGGUACACUGGAACGUCGUGGGGCCAUGGGUAUGUGGAAAGAAUAUUUCUGUGAGCUCUCCCCACUUGAGUUUCGUCUCUAUCUGAAUGAUGAGGACCGUGAGUGUGUAGAGAACUGCUCCCUUCUUCGGUGCGAGUCUGUGGGGCCAGCCCAAAGUGAUGGGCGUUUUGAUUUGAUAUUCUCCAAUAAGAAACUGACCCUUCGAGCUCCCUGCCAGGAUGAGGCUGAGGAUUGGUUGGAUCGACUGCAUGAAGCACUGCAGAAAUGCCGACCUCAGCAAGAACAAGAAUGGGAAACACUUCAGGUCCCAGAACCUGUGGAAGAUCUCGAGCACCCCCGGGGCAGCUCCUUCAGCUACCCCAUCCCAGUCUCCCAGGUGGAAGCAGCUCUAGGUGGCCAUUUUGAUUGGCCAUUUCCACUGAUGCCUGAACUAGAUGCUAUUAAAGAAUCUGUUCUCUACAUGCAUACAGAGAAGACUUGGACUCCCUUAAUUUUUUCCUUGUCUUUAGAGUCUCUAAAAUGCUUCAAAAUGAGGAACAAUGAAAAAAUAUUAAGUGAUAGCCAUGGAAUUGAGACAAUCCGAGAUAUUCUUCCUGACACAAGUCUGGGGAGCCCAGCUUUUUUCAAGAUCAUCACAGCCAAAGCCACCUUGAAAUUGAAGGCCCAGAGUGCAGAGGAGGCAGCAACCUGGAGAGAGCUUGUACGAAAAGUCUUAACCUCCUAUUUGGAAACAGCAGAAGAGGCAUUGACUCUUGGGGGAAGCCUAGAUGAGAGUUCCCAAGAAAUCUUGAAGUAUGCAACAGGGAAAAAUGGCUUCCUAUUGCAGUACCUGGUGGCCAUCCCCACAGAGAAAGGACUGGAUUCCCAGAGCUUCUUUUGUGCAGGCUGCUCCAGACAGAUUGGAUUCUCAUUUGUGAGACCCAAGCUCUGUGCCUUCUCCGGCCUCUAUUACUGUGACAUCUGCCACCAGGAUGACAGUUCGGUGAUUCCAGCCAGGCUCAUCCAUAACUGGGAUCUCACUAAACGCACCGUUUGCCGCCAGGCCCUAACGUUCCUAACCCAAAUCCGGAACCAGCCCCUCAUCAACCUGCAGCUAGUGAAUAAGUCUCUAUAUGAUCACGUGGAGCGGAUGAACCAUAUCUGGAGAAGCCGGGAGCAACUUAAACUUCUAGGUGAUUACCUGAUCUUGUGCAGAAGUGGGGCCCUGAAAGAACUAAGUAAACGCCUCGACCACCGAAACUAUCUCUUAGAGUCUCCUCACAAGUACAGUGUUGCUGACCUCCAGCAGAUCGCUGAUGGGAGUUUUGAGGGAUUCCUGCAGACUCUGAUUCAAUUUGCUUCUCAGCAUGUCUAUCACUGUGACCUGUGCACCCAGCGGGGCUUCAUCUGCCAAAUCUGCCACCACAGUGGCAUCAUCUUCCCUUUUGAGUUUGAUACCACAACACGGUGCAGAGAGUGCAAAACCGUCUUCCAUAGUAGCUGCCAAGCCCUGAUGAAGAAUGGAUGUCCCCAUUGUGCCCGCAGAAGGAAGUAUCAAGAACAAAAUCUCUAUACCUAACCCUUUGGUGUCAGCCUUGUGUGCUUCUCUACCUCAGACCACCAGGGAAAAAAAGAGGGCAUGGGUUCACAUCCAAAUGCAUUUCUAGCAGGGACGGCAUGUGCAGAUUAAGGAUGGGAAAAAAUAAUCAUCCAUUUCCCUCCCCACCCCUCCUUCAGCUUUGACUAGAGGACUCACCCAAGUGACUCUGUAGUAGUCACUGCACCUGUCCUGCCCCUGGGAUGUGAGCACCCUGGAAAAGCAACAGAAGCAGCAUUGAUCAGUUCACAUGCAGGAUCCAAGAAGCUUGUGCUGCCAUGGAAUACUCCUAAAAGACUGUUUGCCUCUAUUUGCACUAAUCAGGUCCUGGCCUUUCUGGGUCUUCCUUUUUGGGGCCUGCACCUCACCUCUCUUCACCUCACCUGUCAGCCACUAGCACCUGCUGUGGAAACAAGACUUGGAAACAUUCUAAAUUCUGCAUUACUGAUUAAAAGUUCUAGUUUUCUAAGGAAUUCUUUUUCUUUUCCUACAUUUGAGUGGAAAAAAUAUUUUUUAUAUUUGAAUUCUGCCUGGGCCACCCAAGAUAAUCCAGUCCCACUCAAGGUGGAGUGGGAAGACAGUGACUGCUUGAAACAACAAAGAAGAUGGGGCAUAGCCCCAAAUAUGCUGUGUGUCCUGAGGGGCCCUGCUGAGCUCCUUUUGAGCAACAAUGUGCCAAAUAGCCCCGAGUGCCUGGUGGUGGAAUUGGGGCCUAGGGAGAAGCUCGUUCUUUUUCCUUUUUCAUAUCUCCUCACAACUGAGAAUCGUGUCCCAUUUCUCUUCGAGGGAGGAGCUUUUGACUGCCUCGUCUGCUUCUCAGCUUGGAAUCUGGUCCCAACUGGAGACCACCACAAAAAUUACUCAAAACCAGCACUAAAAGCACUUUCCACCUUCCUUAUUCUUUAGGAACAUCGACCAGUGUGUCCUGCUUUUCUCCCCCACUGACAGACAGCCUCAAGUUGGGAAUGGCAGAGAUGGAGAAGUCAGGAGUGGUCUGCAGGAGCUUCUGAAGCCUCCUCGACUUGCUCAUAUUUGUCAGUGCCUGUGGUGGGCAAAGUCGAUUGGCCUCAGGGAUCAGCCUGGCAUUCCUCCCAGCGGCAGGUCCUCCGGGCCUGAGGUGCAACCAUGGCUUCUCUAUCUGGCCACAAAUCAACAGCAGCAGCAACAGCAGCAGCAGCAGCAGCAGCAGCAGCAGCAGCAGUGGCCUCUGCUUGGCAUGCAGCUGUCCUUAGUUGUCCUCGUUGAAGGCUGAGCUUAGGGGAAAGAAUCUGUAUUGCUGUCCUGACAGCUCAAACAGAGCUCCUGCACAAACUUGGUGUUUAAAGGGAAAUUUAAUCUUAUCUUCAUAGGAAGCCAUUAUUUUAUGAGACAUUUUUCAACUCAUCCAUUAGAGAGGCAUUAUAAGAGACUGUAAACUUGUUCAUUAAUAGAACUAGCAUUAGAAUUUGGGGGGCAAGGAGAAGUGUGGGUUGUUUUGUUUUUUUCAAACAAAUGAGGUGCUCACCUUCCAGGGGGAUUCAGGUGACUCAUCUGCUUUUAUCCACCAGCUGGCAUGGCCCACUGCAGAAUAAUCCACUCCUAGGACUUCUUCCUCAGCCUAGAUACUUGCAGAUUAAGGGCACAACCUGGCAUUUGAGGCACAAAGUGGCUAUUAUUGCUAGGACUGUCAGGGAUGUUCCCCUUCCCUCCCCUGCCCCCACCCCAGGUGGUAGCUGCUUGGGCUGACUAAGCUACUGAGUCACCUGCCUAACCCAGCAGAACUGUGUAUUGUGCAAUGAAUGGAGGCAGAGGGUGGGUGUGGGGAGGAUUCCUCCAUUCCUACUCCCCCAUUGCUACCCAGAGACAACCAAGGACCCAGGCCUUCUUAGAGCCUUUUGAGUUGAGAAAGGAACUGUGCACUCCAAGUAAGAAUCACCCAGCCAAUGACCACAAUUCAUUUAAAGCCUUAAUCACCCUAAUUUUCCCAGUUGAUUGACUCCUUGUGUCUAUGAGUGUUUGUGAGUUGGGGCCGAGAAGAGUAGGGAUGUGUGCUGGCCCUGUGUAGUAACUUUUCUCUAAUAUCCAAGUGAAUGUAUUAGAUUAAUCCUCCCUCAUCCUAUGGCCCUGCCCCUCAUCACUGCCAUCUCUGGGUUUCUUAGCAUUAAUUUUUAAGCCCCUCAAAUCCAUCUAAAACAUAAAUUUUAACAGUUUUUUACUUUAUUCUCCAUCUGCCUCAAACUGAGAGCUAAGUGGAUUCCAAAUGGUGUCCAUGCUGUUUUUCAGUUUUGAUUUUAUUUUAUAUAAUAAACCAUUUCUUGUGAGUGAGACUCUCUCCCUGAGGAGUGAUUUGCAUCAAAUGUGUUAACUGCUGCUACUCUGGAUGAUAUUGCAGUAAAGACUUUAUUAUACUAA